GGUAACCCUCACGCGAGAAUCAUCGGUGAAAUAGCCAACACUCAAAGCAUCACUGCCUUGAAUACGAAAUGCGAAGCAUGGAUGCACGAAACAUAUGUUCGUUGUGUACUUGGAAUAAAGCUUUUUCCUAAACAAGCUAUUAGGGGAAGUUGUUCAUCAUGCAAUGUUGGCUAGGCUGUGGACGCCAUUGGGAGGAAGCGUCUUAUCUACAAAUGCAACAGCAGGAGUACAUGUUACCGAGUGGGAUUUUGGCACGAUACAAUAUAAUAAUAAUACACCUACACCUACCGGUUGCGACGCCUUGAAUAACCCUGCCUUUCAAAUCCUUAUUCCAAUCAUAGAUGCUUUCUAUGACCCUCCAACCGUUGCAGUUGUAUGUACCUGGAACAGUUGUUGGUAUAAGUUUGGAAUUGAUUUAUUUGAACUUCAACAAGUGGUUGUAGCAAAAAAUUAAAAUAUGAAACAUUCAUUGCUUAUUUGAUUCAUGCUCUUCAAAUACUUUGUUAGCCUGUUGGAUAAAUUCUUGCCUCAAACAGAAAGACGUGCAGAAAGUUCAUUGGCGAUUUUAG